AUGGUGAAAAAGUCUAACACUGAAUGUAAAGCAUUUCUAGUACAAAAUAUCAGCAAUUACCAGGAUCGCUACAUAUCAUUUAUCCAGGGAUUAAAGAAGGACAAUUUUACAAUCAUUGGUUAUGCGUACAAGUCACCAAAUGACCUUACCAAUGACGCUCUUAACACUUUAUUAAACAAAAUGAUUCACUGCCUUCGGAGCCGCUCACUUGUAGAUCAAGUCUACAUCUCCCCAAAAAGCUGA